AUGGUCACUGAAUUUGCACAAUAUGGGUCACUACAAGACUCAAUGAAACACAAAACUACAGAAGAAGUAAACAAUCCAAUGCGUAUUAAGUUAAUGUAUGACGCAGCAAAAAAAUUGGAAUAUUUGCAUAAUAAUGGCAUUUUACACAGAGAUAUCAAACCAGACAAUUUCUUAGUGUUUUCAUUAGAAAGUGAAAUUGAUGUGAACGCCAAAUUGACUGAUUUUGGGUCAUCAAGAAAUGUGAAUAUGAUGAUGACUAACAUGACGUUCACUAAGGGUAUUGGAACACCUACAUAUAUGGUGCCUGAAGUAUUAAAACAAGAAAAGUACAAGAAAAGUGCAGACAUCUAUUCGUUUGCUAUUACUAUGUACGAGUGUUUCAUAUGGUAA